AUGGGGAAAUUUAUUAUUUGUUUUUUGUUGUGUUCAAUGUUUUUUUGUUAUGUUAAUUGCAUUGAACCUCCAAUAGAUGAAUAUAAUUGUUUCCUAAAUUUUAUUACAAAAAUAAACCUUUUUUCAUUAUUUCCAAAAACCAAUGCCACUCACUAUGAUUUUUGCACAGGAUAUAUAAAGUGUGAUGGAGUUACUGGAACAAUAAAAGAUGUAACUAUUUUAAACACUUUAAAAAGUGGAUAUAAUAACCAAUCGAUUUUAGCAACAGACUUAGUGUGCCUUCCUAAUUUAAAUAGAAUAAAUCUCCAAAAUCUAAAUAUAUCUAAACAGCUUGUUUUUUAUGAAUUCCCACAAAAAAUUGGUCAAGUAACAUAUAAUUAUGGAGACUAUGAGUGUAGUCCAAUUGAUCAAAAACUACCUGAAAUUCCAUCUUUUUAUUUUUAUUGUAAAUCCAUUUCUGGAACAACAUUUAAAAUCUCAUACAUAACAAAACAGACAAUCUUUUAUUUUGGAGAUAGUUUUGUACAUUUCGAAAAUGAUGUUCUUGAGACUCAUAAUAUCUCAAUGGUUUCAUUUACAGCAUAUUCGUUAAACUUUGCUGACUUUUCAAAUUUUAAAGGUUUGGGAUUUUUCAAGAUGACUUUCAAUCAAGAUUUUAUUAUUUCAUCAAUACAAAACUAUUCAACCAUUAAAUCAAAUUCCAUACAAAUUGAGCACGACACAGAUUUUCCCUAUCCAUUUUAUAUACCAAUAAAUAAUUUCACUCAAAGAUUAUCAGUAUAUGCACGUUUUGAAAAACCAAGUUCAAUGAUAGAUCUCUCAAGUUUAGUUUAUUCGGAUUUAUCUCUUUCGGGAGUAGGCGACAAGUUUAAUUUUAAUGGUGAGAUUCCGAUAAUUCCACCACCUGGUUGCAAUUUUAUAAUAAUGCAUGGUGGCUUUACUUCUUUUCAGUCAAACUUUUCAAUAUCCUUGCCAUCCUAUUCAGGUAAAAAUACAAUGUUUUCAAUGAUAAACAAUAACUUGAUUGGAACAAUUGAUGAAUCUUGGUGCAAUGUCAAUUUGAUAAUUUAUAAUAAUAAAUUAACAGGAAAAAUACCUACAUGUUUUACUUGUUAUUUUUCGGAUCCUGCGGUUUAUACUUCUUUUUCUGGUAACCAAUUUACAAACUACAACCAAUCAAUUGGGUGUUCUGAAUUUGCACCAAGAUUUGAAUUGAUGGAUUUUUCAACUAAAACUUUCCGUGUAACAGGUAUUAAUAUAGGCUUUACUCCUAUGAAUUGGUUAUUAAACUCAGUUUACUUUCCUUAUAGUUUCCAAGAUAUCUCAACGGGAUAUGAAUAUGUUGUGUCGUAUUUAUUUUCAAUAAUACCUAAUCCAAAAUACUUUAAUGUUACAUUUGCUCAUCCAGAACCAUCACAAACAAUAUACUUCCCUCUUGGUGAUCAAUUACCAAAUCCAACCGGUAUUAAAAUAACAUCAAAUCAAUUAUUAAUUACAGGUGAAUUAUUUUCAAGUUAUAUGGGUUACUCAAAUCAAUCAGUCCAAUUUGAAGAAUCAUCUACUAAUUGUACAAUAAAAUAUGGUAAUUUCUUUAAUAUAACUUGUGAAUUUGUACCAUCAUCUAUUUCUACCUUAACAUACCCAACAAUCAUUAAACUUAAAAAUGAUAAUUUAAUAAGAAGAGUUAUUGUCAAUCCAUUAAUUGGACAACUAAAUCAAAUUCCAUGUCCAAAUAAUUGCGAUGAUCUUAAUAAUAGUAUUUGUGAUCUUAAUCAAGGUAUUUGUAUCAGUUGUGUAGAUGAUUGUGGAAUAUUCGGUGAAUGUAAUUUUCGAACCAGAACCUGUGAUUGUGAUUCAAAUCAUCAAGGUCCAAAUUGUUCUAUACCAUUUAUACAAUGUCCAACAGGUUUAAAUUCUUUAAUUUGUAGUAGUGUAGAUUAUAAUAUGUGUAACAAUAAAACUGGUGUUUGUACUUGUUCUCCAAAUCAACAAGGUCAAGAUUGUUCAUUACCAUUUAAACAAUGCCCAGUUGGUUUGUAUUCGUUAAUAUGCAGUGGAGGUAAUAACAAUUGUAACAAUCAAACAGGUAUUUGUUAUUGUGAUAGUAAAUUUAUAAAUGAUGAUUGUUCAAAACCAAAUCAAUAUAUAUCAUCUGUUUCACCAUCAACCUCAAAUGGAGGUGAAGCAUCAUUUUUUGGUUGGUUUGGAGAUAUUCAUUCAAAUCCAUCAUUAUUAAUUGGAAAUCAACAAUGUCAACCAAUUACAUAUAAUUCUUCAAUCGAAAUUAGAUGUAUUGCACCACCAGGUAAUGGAGUAUAUGAUAUUACUUUUAAUCAAAAUGAUAUCAUGUAUCAAUUAAGAAAUGGUUACAGCUAUCUUGAAAUUUUUAAAAAAUGUCCCAACAAUUGUACAAAUUCAAAUCAAGGAAAUUGUAAUACUUCAAAUGGAGAAUGUAAUUGUAUAAACAAUUAUUACUCAUUCGAUUGUAGUUUAAAAAGAAAUAAUAAUACAGGUGGUAACAAUGGUGGUAAUCCAUCAAUCGAUCCAUCAACAGGUGGGACUAAUAUUACUGAUAAUCAAGUAAAUUUCCAAAUUUAUUUUAAAAAUUUAUUUGAAAUCGAUUUCAACGGUAAUAUUGUAAAUCAAUAUUCAUUACAAAGUAAUUGGACUCUCAAUAAGACUAAAGAUUCACAAGAAAAUAAUAUUUAUAAAUUAACACAAAUCAUUGAAAUAUCAUGUGAAAUUGUAACAUUGAUCGAAGAAAUCUCAACAUCUAAACAAUAUUCAUUUGCAGGCUCAACAUUCACAUUAGAUGCUGGUUCAAUUAAAUUAACAAUUUCAAUAUCAAAUUAUAUUUAUAAAAGCAGUUUAAAUACAUUACAACUUCAAUUAAUAUCAUCAGUAGAUAACGAAAAUGAAGAAUCAGAUUGUAAUAUUAAACAAGUUUCAACAAAUGAAACCAAUACAUCCUCAUUUAAAUAUAUUAAAAUUUCAAAAGAUAAUAGAGUCCUUCAAGGUAGAUUCAUUAAUCAAAUACUAUCAGAUGGAAGACCAACAUAUUUGUCAACUGAUAUUAAAAGUGAUGGUAAUUCAGUAAUUGCAACAUUAAAUCUACCACAUUUUGUAAAUCAAUCAAUUAUCGAUCCAGACUUUUCAGUUUUACUUGAAAAUGAUUUUAAAUCUGAGUGUGAUACUUACAACUCUCGUAAAUGGUUAAUACCAGUUGCUGUGGCAGUUCCAAUCUUUGGUGUUUGUUGUAUUGGAGUGAUUAUAUAUUAUUUUUAUAGAAAACAUUUUAUUGAAAUACCACUAAAAAUAAAAUUAGGAAUUAUUGGGAAUAAAAUAAAAUAA